AUGGCUUCGGGAUCGACUUCUGCGCCCACGGCGGGCAACCCGAUCGUCUACCUCGACAUCCAAUUUGGUGAUCAGCCAGCCCCCUCCCGCGCGGGUGCCAACCGGAUCGUGCUGGAGCUCUACAAGCAUCUAGUCCCCAAGACUGCCGCGAACUUCCAGCAGCUGUGCACCGGCUCUGCGGGCAAGUCAGCCUCGGGAGCUGAGCUCAAGUUCGCAGGCUCAACGUUCCACCGUGUCAUCCCGAAGUUCAUGAUUCAGGGAGGCGAUUUUACCCGCGGCGACGGUACGGGAGGCGAAUCGAUCUACGGCGAAAAGUUCGAGGACGAGGAUCUGACGGGCAAACACGACCAGCCCUUCCUGCUAAGCAUGGCUAAUGCCGGACCCAACACCAACGGCAGCCAGUUUUUCAUCACCACCGUGCCCACGCCGCAUUUGGACGGAAAACACGUGGUGUUCGGCCGGGUGCUCAAGGGCAAGUCGGUGGUAAGGAGGAUCGAAAACACCCCGACGCAGAGCGAUCGUCCCGUGGAGGAGGUGAAAAUCGCACACUGCGGUGAACUCGACCCGGAGUCGGCGGAGGUUAAGGAGGGAAGCUAUGGUAUUGCAAACGACGAGUCGGGGGAUGCAUUUGAGGAGUAUCCGGAAGAUCAGGGUGGAGAGUUGGAGGCGAGUGUGGAAAAGACGCUCGAGGUUGCUACGCAGCUCAAGACCAUUGCCAACACUCGCUUUGCCGCGGGAGAUCAUGCCGUGGCACUGGAAAAGUACCUCAAGGCUCUGCGAUACCUCCAGCUACACCCCGUCCUUCCGGACGACACCAAGGAGCCUACACGCGCCGCAUGGUACACACUCAAGACCUCGGUACAGCUUAACGCCUCACUGGCUGCACUCAAGUCGGCACCCGCGCAGCCACGCGUGGCUAUUGCGCAGGCGACUGCCGUGGUGCAAUUCCUCACCUCGGCCCAGGCUACCUCGUGGGAUGCCACGCCCGAAGCGGGCGCAAAGCGCAACGCCGACCUUGCCAAGGCGUUUUACAGGAGGGCACUCGCGUACGGCGCGAGCAAGGACGACGACCGUGCCGAUGCCGAUCUGAAGCGCGCGGCAGAACUCGCGCCCACCGACCCGGGCAUCAAGAAGGAACAGGCCGCCCUGGCCAAGCGCCGCGAAGCCAAGGUCAAGGCCCAGCGUGCCGCCUACAGCAAGAUGUUCGCCUAG